GAAUUCAGACCCAAGCAUAGCAUUUACAGUUUAUGUAGACCACAGGGAAUGUUUUAAAAUGCAUAAUUCCAUUUAAAAAAAGAGCAAAAUAUCACUCCUUUAAAUGACGUUUCACAUUGAACAUUUAUGACUCAAAAGCUCAGAUGUUUACAGUCCAGUUAAUCUGCUAUUUUAGUUGUAGUCUGUCAGCAUAUUUGAAAGACAUGUCAACUGCUGACACGUCCCUAUUUGAAAUUGUGUGUCUGCAAAUGCAUGCCUAAUUCUUAUCUAAUUUUGUUUUCAGCUCUCAGAUAAGAAACUGGUUUCAGAGCUGCUGGGUCUAGAACAAAGAACUGCUUACUUUAGGGGCUGGGAACAGGAUACAUUAAUAAUACUUGUAUAGCAAAUAACAAAAGUUUUACAUGAAAAAAUACUUAAAAAAAAAAAAAUAAAAAAAAAAACGUUUCCAAAAGUACUCAGCUCUUUUCACGUUGGCAAACCUCAAAUCAAUUCAGUACAAAUUAGAGUUGAACACUGGGAUUCUGGGAACUUCACUUGUAUCGUAGCAUUUAUAUUCAAUGUUAUUCAUAUUUUUAUCCGCCUAGUUCUUUGUCAAUACUCUCACUAUCUGUUCACUACAGAUGCAAAACAUGUCACUGAACACACAACUAUAAUGCCAGUAAACUAAAGCAUAAUCCUGACAGUGAAAUACCCUUAUAAGUGAAACAAAAUGAAGUACACAGAUGACAGUAACAGUCCUACAAGUGACCAACAGAAAGAACUGCAACUCUGAACAUAUUUGUCCACUUAUGGUAUAUGAUGCCACUAAAACCAUACUCACCACUGUGAAUGUACUGUAACUACUUUCUUUAUAGAUAUGACAUUUAACACUAAAUGAUUUACUUUCCUCCUCUUUUUCAUUAUUCACCCAUGCACAGUUCAGUUGGGAUCAGUUUACUAUUGAAAUAAUUAGUGUUUUAGAAGUAUUAAUAAUUUUAUCUGACUUUUAGCUUUUAACACUUAAUCAGAUUAUAGCCUAAUGUGUACUCUGGCUAAUAUCAAAACAUAAUAUUACAUGUACAAUAUUAAAAGCAAGACUUUAGUUUUGAAAUCUGUGCUGCUUUAGAAGUUUUGUCAUUUGUAAGAGAAAUGAGAAACUUGUGGAAGAUCCCAUUUACGUGGUAUAAAAAAAAAAAAAAGCCAUGUGUAUUAUAUCCUUAAAAGCAAAUAUGUAUGUUACUCAAUGUGAGGGACAGAUUUUCACUUGUUCUACAACAGAGCAUAACUGAAACUUUACUUCCUGUUCAGUGGUUUUUUUUUUAACCCCCUACUAAAGCCUGGCAGGUUUUCAGAUUACAGACAAGUGAAAUUUGACACGCUAAACCUACAGAUUGCUCAUCCUCGUGUACAAAACCUACAUGUACUCAUUCAGGAGAGUUGAAUGUUAAGGCUCGGCCUCGUAUUGUCAAAAUUCUCUAUUGUUAGUUGACCUCUGUGUUCAGUGGAAAACAUGCUGCGGUGGAAAUGUGUGUUCAGCCUGUUGUGCAGCGGCUCUGCGCAGACGUCAGCAGCUUCUCCGCUCAGGGGCUCUGCUGGACUAAAGCCCCUCUUUUAUGAUGCUUUUUGCUGGGUCGGCGCUAACAUUCACCUCUUCGCAGAGUCCAGGGCGGUUAGCCAACGUGGUGAACGUGGUGCUUUGGAGCAUUUAUACAGUACCAUGUGUCCCUGUGGUGUGAUGAUGUUACUGUAACAGACGAGAGGAGAGAGUCAACAUUAACCAAGUUCUCAGAAAAGAAGGAGAACAUUGAUGUUUUCAUGCCAAAGACGGGACAUUGAGUGUUUCCUGGAUCAGUUUUCAGCCUGUCCACUAUGAGGGAGCAGAGCUGUUGCUUCACAGAGAGGAGGAAUAUCCAGACUGCUGCGUACAGAUUGCUGAAGGGCCUGACAAAGGCCUACUGGACUUGACAACAUCAGAAAGAGAAAAGUAAGAGAGGAGGAACCAGGAAAGCAGAUACGGAAUAAAAAAUUAAAGACUAUUGAAUACGUGAAAGAACAAGUUAUAGGAGAAGUCAAGAGCGAAAGAGAUGAAAUAACAUUCAUCUCUAGACAACCAAGCAACUCAGAGGACGGGUACUGUUACUUUUUCAGAGUUUCAGACAUCAGCAAUGUUCAUGAAUUUCCGUCGCAUCCACAAGUGCCAGUGCGUGCAGCUGCUGACUACAGGCCUGGCACUGUGUAUGCUGAUGGUCUGCUGGGAGGAGGUGGACCACCAUGUUGUGAGCCAUGUGAGGUCUUACACGUAUCGCUACCUGAUCAAUAGCUAUGACUUUCUAAACUCUUCUUUUGCCAUUAACUCAAAGCACCAUCCUGGAAGUGCAGGUGACUCCGUCACCUACCCAUACCUCAUCAACCAUCCCGGGAAAUGCAGUGUUGGAGUAGGUGGAGGUAGCAAUGCUCUAGAACAAGGAGACAUCUUCCUGCUGCUGUUCGUCAAAUCAUCUCCAGAAAACUGGGAGCGCCGUCAAGCUAUCAGAGACACGUGGGGCAAUGAGACCUAUACUCGGUCACACCUGCAAGUGAACGUCAGGGUGGUCUUUGUCCUUGGUGUACACCCAGAUGUCAAGCAAAGACCCAAGGUACAAAGCGCACUGCUUCAGGAGGACAAGGACUAUGGAGACCUGAUCCAACAGGACUUCUUGGAUACCUUCCACAACUUGACAGCCAAGCUGAUCCUGCAGUUCCACUGGGCUCACCAGUACUGUUCUCAGGCUCACUUUGUCAUGUCUGCCGAUGAUGAUGUCUUCGUCCACAUAUCCAACUUGGUGAAGUACCUGCAGCAGCUCCAGAGCAGCCAGAAGGGGGUUAAAGACCUGUGGGUGGGCCACGUGCACCGAGGCGCACCUCCCGUUCGACGUAAGGACAGCAAGUAUCAUGUUCCCUAUCAGCUGUACCCCUGGCCUUCUUACCCAGACUACACUGCUGGUGCGGGGUACGUGGUCUCUGGGGAUGUGGCUGCAAAGAUCUACCACGCAACUCUGGCGUUCAACUCCUCCAUGUACAUUGAUGAUGUUUUCAUGGGAAUCUGUGCCAAAGCCAUGGGGGUCUCUCCUCAGGAGAAUGUGUACUUUUCAGGGGAGGCCAAAGCACCGUACCACCCCUGCAUCUAUAAACACAUGAUCACAUCCCACGGACAUGCUACAGACGUGCGUUCGCUUUGGCUGGCAGCAACAGACCCUUCAGUGCAGGAGCAGUCCAGUGGAUUUAUGGGAAAUGUUUACUGUACAGCAGUGAGAGUGAUGCUGCUGUGUCUGCCUCAUUACCAGAGUACAUACUCCUGUAUGGCUGCAUUCACAUAAAUGACAACAUGAGGACUAGGCUAAGUCAUGCUAAUGUCUCAAACAGAUGACAGUACCUCAAACACUGCCAGAUUCUUCUUUUAUUUUUCACUGUUUGUACGAUGUAUUUGCAGUCUUGUAAUGAAAUUAAAGGUGUUCAAUCAA